UUUGGCGCGAGCUGCAUAGCCGUAUUAGUGUAUGCCGGCAACGCUUGCGUCCCGGUGCGUCGUAGCUUAGUGUGCUGGAAUUCAAUGUGACAAACGGACGACGGACGGCGGCAGAUACGGUCGGUGCUGCUAAACUAAAUGUGCAUCUAAACUGCAGUGCUUGUGCUUUCGCACGGUGAAGUGAAGUGGUUGGUAAUCGAGCGAUAAACACAUCUCAAGUAUCCCGAUACUGGUGAGCGGCGUACGUGCAUCGAUCAUGGCUGGCGCGGGUGCAACCGCUAACAAAGGCAGGAUAAAAAAGUACAAACCAAACGUGCUCAGCAUUGUUGGCAAGACACGGUGCGUGCUGCAAUGGAUCGGAUCGGCACUCAAUGCGCCCGAGUUUGCAGAACCAAUCACCGUACCGAAGCCCAUCUUUCGGAUGACGGUCGAGUUUAGCAUACGCGAAUCGAUGGUUGUAGUAAACGUGCAGAAUCUGUGCCCUCAGGUGCUGAUACUUCGCUGGAUCUACCUGUACUACGGAAGGAGGCUGCGUGUGUCGCUGUUCGAUGGCGUGGUGCGCAUGGUGCCCGGGUACGAGUUUACGAUGGAAAAAGAGAUCCACGAAAAGGAGGAUCGAUCGUACGAAGUGGUGCUGCUGUGUGACGUUCUCGGCACCAACUUCCGGUUGCGCGAAACGGUACUGAUUAAUCUGCUAUCACCGAGAAAACCUCGCGGCCUGCCGAUAAACUUGACGAAAUUACCAGUAUUUGAGGUGCCGGAGUACGUGAAGGAGGUUUACCUGAACGGCUUUCUCGUGAAUCAACACUACAGCCGCAAUGCUAGCCUUUGGCUGGAACGGUUUGUAAAGUACCGCGAGGAAAAGCUCGACCAAUCGAACUACGUGGACUAUUUGCGAAUGCUGAACCAGAUCGACGAAUUCGACAGCCAGCUGCAGAUGGAGCGGUACACGAUCGAGAAUGCCAAUCUGGAGGAGACGCUGCCCAACGAGUACCUGCUCUCGAUCGACCAGUUUAAAGUGCCGCCAGUGCUGCUGGACGUUGGAUGCCACGUGCAAGUGUUUAGCGAUCUGAGUAAAUCAACCAUCACGCGCGGAAAAAUCAUCGACCGUAGUUCCUGCCUUAUCAUUCAAACCGAAAUUCCGCUCAGAAAGCUGCACUCGGUGCGGAUCGUGUUUCCACUAAACCGUACACAGUUUAAAAUGGAGUAUAUGGCUUUAAAUCACGUGUGCCGUCUCGAUCUCAACAGUGUACUGUUCCCCGGACCGGACACCACUGCAGCAUCGGCCAAAACCACCAAAAAAGUGUUCAAGGAAGAGCUCAUUACCCAGUUCGAAUGGUUUCAAGAGUGCAUUGCCACAAACCAGCAGCAGAAACAGGCGAUCGAAAACAUCAUCAACCGAACGGCCUAUCCGGCACCGUACAUCCUGUUCGGUCCACCCGGCACGGGCAAAACAUGCACCAUUGUUGAGGCGGUGCUGCAGAUAUGGAAGCUGCGAAAGAAAUCGCGCAUCCUCGUGACGGCAACAUCGAACUUUGCCUGCAACGAGCUGACCAGACGGCUGCUGAAGUACGUGCCGAGCACGGACAUUUUUCGCUACUUUUCCCUCACUACGGAACGGGACAUUCACGGGAUGGAUUUGAAGGUGAUGGAGGUGUCGAACAUGCACUACGGCAAAUACGAAACACCGUCAGCGCAGGACUUUACCCAAACGCGCAUCCUCGUCUGCACGGUGAUGAUCAGUGCGCGUUUGCUGCAACUACAUGUCGACCGCAGCAUGUACGACUACAUCUUCAUCGACGAGUGUGGCAGCUGCAAGGAACUGUCCGCGCUCGUACCGAUCGGAUGCGUGGGCACGGACACUGGCAGUGGAACGCUGCAUGCCAGCGUCGUGCUUGCCGGUGAUCCGAAGCAGCUCGGUCCGGUCACUCGCAUGCCCUAUUUGCGAAACACGCCCCACGACGUUUCGCUGCUGGAGCGGCUGAUGAAUUUGACGAUCUAUCAGAAAGACCUGAACAACAACGAGUACAACCCGAACAGGGUGACGAAGCUGCUGGACAACUACCGGUCGCACGGUGCGCUGUUCCAGUUUUCCAACGAACAGUUCUACGACGGUGAGCUGCGAGCGAAAGGAGAUCCCGCCAUUAUCAACUGGGCCGUCAACUGGCACCGGCUUCCGAAUCGCGCGUUUCCCAUGAUUUUCCACUCGGUCAUUGGCUACAUGCAGAAGGACGCCCUCACGCUCAGCUACUGGAAUGUGCAGGAAGCGAACAAGGUGUACGAGUAUGUGCAGCUGCUGCUGAAGGAACAAAUCAAUGGCCGUAUCCUGCAGCAGGAAGACAUCGGAAUUGUGACGCCCUACUCCAGCCAGGUGGAGUUCAUUACGAAUGGCCUUUCGAUGCUCGGUCUGGAUAACAUCGCUGUAGGCUCGGCAGAACAGUAUCAGGGGCGCGAGAAAGCGGUGAUCAUCAUAUCGACCGUGCGUUCGAAUCGUACCACGGUCGGCUUUUUGGCCGAUGCUAGACGAUUGAACGUGGCGCUGACCCGUGCCCAAGCACUCACCAUUAUCGUCGGUAAUCCGGCGAAUUUGAUGAAGGACCGCACAUGGUACAAAUUUUUGAAACUUAUUAGAGCAAACAAGGCAAUCGCGGGUAAAAUAUUUAACUGUAACGAACCUAUUUCGGAACAAACGGACGAGGUGGAACCGAGUAAUGGGUGGAAUUUUGCCUAACGAUGCUGCGAAAGCCUCACGGGGGCGUAAAGGGGGACCACCGAUAUUAGGUUAGUAUUAUUUGCCUUAACUCGUUAAAUGACAAACUAUUUCCACAGUACUUAUGGGGGGUUAAUUAUAAUGUUAAAAAUAGCAUAGAAGUAGUAUUAAUGUACUGAAUCAACUGGAGACACGAACGCGCAUUAUUCUGUGAGGACAUGAAAUGAUAUAACAAUUUCCAAGGUUUUGGGCAAUGUGUUGCUGAAAUGCGAAAUGAGUAAUGGAAAAAAGCACGAUUGAUUCGAGAUUGAACGUGUGCACUCUUCGUCUUAUUCUUUCCAUGGUUCACUAGCAGUAUGCUGCCCAUUAUUGGAGAAGACUUGGUAAUCCGUGUUAAGCCUAACACUGAUUAGGAUUUAUAAACUUAUCAUCUUUUUGUACGACUUCAGAAUAAAAAUUCUCUCCCGAAAGGGUUUUUGUUGAAUUCAUAUUAUGUGGUUAACAAGUGAAAUGUACAGUUUUAUCACUUGCACCUUAGGCCCCCCACUUGGGAAUCUCAAUAGUCAGCAGAAUAGUCUCUUCUCGUCCUGUUUCUUCUUUGGCUCUAAAUUUUUUUAAUGGUCUGGGUCUGCCAAUAUUGGCUCCCAUGACUAAGUACACCCGUUACUGGAUAAUCAGUUCUUCGUACGGCGGGGAAACGAUCUGCAUGAGGUACGAUCUCCGGUCUUGCGAUGUGAAGAUCGGCGACCCAAGUGUCUUAACACACAGUUAACCUUUGCUGGCGUCUUCCAGCUCGAAAAAGACAGCAAUAAAAAUUCAGGUAAAACGUUAAACAUAGUUAAAUAGUUCAUACAUGAAAAAGAGACUGUAAAAAUUAAUAAAGAUAGCAAAC